UCGUUCUCAACGCCGAACCCCUCUCUCUCUCUCUCUCUGCAACUACACAGCCGAACUUCUCUCUCUCUGUCUCUCUCUCUCUGCAACUACAAACUACUGCAAAACCCAGAUUGUUCAAAAACUAAAAACCCAGAUUGUUCAAAGAAUCAAAACCCAUAUCGAUCAAAACCCAUAUCAGUUUCCAUCGCCGCUGUUCCAAUUCCGGUUCGCGGUUCGCCGUCCCUCUCUCUCUGCAACUGCUACAUCAACUAAUCAAGGGAAAAAUUGGCAUCUGAAAUCACACACCAAGCCUCUCCUUCCCUUUCCUUCCUUCAUUUCCAAUUAAGUGAAGUAUUGUCUAAGUACUCGGUUUGACCCAUUGCUCUUAAACCCUAUCUUCUCCCUCUUCCCCAUCAGACCCGCCCUCACACAGAAAGUGCCAUACACAGCCCCAGGCGAAGAAGAUGACCGGUUUAUAGAGCUUGAUUUGAAGGGAAAAGCCCACUGAUUUACAGGCGAAGAUCGAUGAUCGGUUUACAGAGGUUGAUUUGAGCUCGGUUCAUUCUCACCAUCUUUAGCAACGUCGAUUCAUUCUCACCAAUUACAAACCCAAACACAUUCAUCACUAAUUACAAACCCAAACCCUUGCCGCAAGACCAAAUUAGUCCCAUACAUACCCCGAUCGUACCCAAAUCAGCGUUCCUUAUCCGAAUGAUGGCUUUGGCGGGUAAUCGGAUUGAAGAUGUCCAGUGGCUUUGUUCCUUAUCCGAAUCUGAGCUUGAUAUGCUUAUUAGCUUAAAAACACUGGUCCUCCAGCGAGCAAAAGUAGUUGGCCAUGACGAUCUAGCCAAAAAAUUUGAUUUGAAGAUGCUUCGAGUGCUUAGUUUCAUUUUGAUGCAGUAUCUUAAAGGACAACUUGAGGAUUUGUCAGAUGUUCCAGGCUUGGCUGAGUCUUCUGGGAUUUUAGAUAAAUGCAAUUUGUUAAAAUGUGACAUUAAUGACAGUUUUGGCACUAUGUGCAUUGAAGAGUUAAAGUCAUUUACUGGCCGAAGAAAGAGAGUAGCAGAAAUGUUUUGUGAAGAAGCUGAACAUGUGGCCCCUAAUCAUAAGAAGAAAACUGACUCUGGAAGAUCCUUCUAAGUUAUUUUGCACUGUGUCUCCAGCGUGUCAGCGCGCGCCUUUGAUGGCCUUUUUGACUCCGGAAGAUCCUUCUAAGCAUUUCUUCAAGUUUUUGACGACUUCUUUUUUUAUGUUUUGACCUUUCUGUUUCUUGCUUCAUUUCCAUGGUAAGCUUUUGAAUUUCCAACAAGGAAGAAAUGUCUUUCUAACGUGUAAUUGAAGGAGAUUUUGCUUUCAGAAUGAAGCCCAGGGCACCAAAUUUGCGUUGGUAUCACCUAAUAUUUACCUGCGUCAGGAUUGAGGUCUUAUGAAUUGUA